AGCUAAGCCACACAAUCUUCUUUAUGGUGUCUAUGUUGCUGCACCUGUCAACUUCACUCACUCUUGAACUAUUACUACUUGUUUGUAAUAGGUGAACAAGUGUUACUUCUUUGCUGCUCCCUCCCUGCUUUAAUCAUUUUUAUGUGUAAUGGGUUUCUUUUCUUGGUCUCUAUAAUAACUGGGUCUCUCUCAAAACUCUUGUAGAUAGAUGCAAUUGCAUUUUGUUGGUCUAGCUUUUAUGUUUAUAAGCUGUUUGUAAGAAUGUUCCGAGUACAAAUUCUGUUGAGGUUUAUGUGGAUUCUUGCUAUUUACUAAUCAUUUCAAUUUAAAGGCUUCAGUGUCUUUUCCUAGCCAGACAGAUUUGCUUAUAACUACCCAGAGAAUAGCACUUAGGCUCUUUGUUUUGUUUUCCGGUUUGAGCAUGGUCUUGAAUAAAGCAUGUAGUUUUAGCCUCGUAAGUCAUCGUGCAGCGUUGCAGCCAAUUCACCUUCUCUAUUAUAUAGUUCGAAAGUGGAAAUCUUGAAAUAACUGGACAACAAUUCAGGACACUAAAAUCCCAUAUUUAGUCAAUACCAUUGACUUCCCUCUAGUUCGUCUUGAUUUCUCCCAACUCAUAUGAUCAAGAAUUGCAUAACUAUUAUCUGGAGCAUUUCUUAUACAUCUAUAUAUUUGCAUAAUAAAUAAAAGAGCUUCAUCACCUCUUCUCAAUUAGAACUUCUCCUAGCUGAGUAUAGGGAACCAAGAUGUCACUUGUCUACUUCACAUCCCCAAUAGCUCUAUCCCCGCACAUUAACCAAUUUAAAGUAGAUGAUUUGUUCUCCCAAAAAAUUCCUCUAUCAAAUCCAAGCUUUUCCGUUGUUGAUUGCAAAAUUUCAAGGGGUAUAAGAAAGAGUUUGUGUGAUGUUUUUAGAAACAAAUCACAAAGUAUUAUAAGGUUUACUACAAGACAUGCAGUGUACUCUAACAGUCAGAAGUUUACUGAUGUAUCUCUUAAUUGGGAUGAUCAAGAGGAAGAAGAUGCUGAAGACAUGGAAUCACCAUGGGAAGGUGCUAUUAUUUACAAGAGAAAUUCUUCAAUUUCACAUGUGGAGUACUGCACAACUUUAGAAAGGCUUGGGUUAGGAAAACUUUCAACUGAGAUUUCAAAAUCAAGGGCUUCGGUAAUGGGAUUACGUGUCACGAAGGCCGUGAAGGAUUACCCUCUUGGAACUCCUGUUCAGAUCUCCAUUGACGUGGCAAAGAAGAAGAAAAGGUUGAGACUAGAUGGGAUCAUCAAAACUGUCAUCACUCUUGGUUGCUAUAGGUGUGGAGAGCCAGUUGCUGAGGGCAUUUUCUCCAACUUCUCUCUCUUACUAUCUGAAGAACCCGUGGAAGAACCAGAGAUUAUUAAUAUGGGAAAAGUAUUUGGUAAUGAUAAAUUGAAAUCUUCAAUUUUUGAGGAAGAAGACGGUGAUGAAGCUUCAAUCGACUGGGACGACCGGUUGCACUUCCCUCCUGAAGAUAAGGAAAUUGAUAUUUCAAAGCCCCUCCGAGAUAUGGUGCAUGUAGAAAUUACCCUUGAUGUUAUCUGUGAUCCAAGCUGCAAAGGUUUAUGCCUCGAGUGUGGUACAAACUUGAACCAAAGCAGUUGUAACUGUAGCAAAGAGAAGGAGAAGGAGAGAGGACCCGGCCCUCUUAAAGAUCUGAAAAAACAGAUGCUGUCAGAAUCUUAAGAGUAAUUGCACCUCAAACAUUUUCUCGCGUUCGUUCGCAAGUGGUGGAAA